AUGAAUAUGAAUUCAGUCAAGCCGAUAUCCAUCGCUGAUGAUUGGUUCAUGACACAAUCGUUUAUCUUCCCACGAGGUGCUUUGACUUCGAUUAACCUUUCUGAAGAAUUAAUCAACUGCGUUCGAUACGAAGAAGAAGAAUAUAAUAAGUUAUUACAUAAGUAUCAUCUGACUGUUGACUUGUUAGACCAACGUGAAAAAGAUAUGUCUGAACGAUUAACUACUCUCAAUGAUUUUUACACCAAAGUAACCAAUAUCAACCAAAUUGAUUUAUUAAAAGAUCUUCUGAACAGCUCGAUGUGGAAGCGUGAAAUACCUUCUCAUUUUGUCGAUUCUUCAUUUGACAAAUAA